AUGUCGGAGUGUCCUGUCACUUUGGAAACUUCUAAUUCGACCACUGGCCCAAAUCCUGUCCUGGAGAAGUACGAGUCAGCCUUGUUGAUACUUCUAGGAUUCGGCGGGUUCUCCAUCAUCCUCGCUCUGAUACACAACGCCAUCAGGAAACAUAUCUUCCAUGAUGAACACAGCCUGGAUACGACAUUUGACGCCGGAGGUGACGUCAGUACCAGUCUGACGGCGGUCACAGUUGCGUCACAGUUGUUUUGGCCAGCCGACAUCCUCCAGAGUGCAACGAUCACCACAAAGAUUGGAAUAGCCGGUCCAUUUUGGUAUUCUGUCAGCGUCAUCCUCAACAUUUUCAUCUUUCCCAUUUUCUCCGUUCAUUUCAAAACACGGGCACCUGGGGCGAAAACCUACCUGCAGAUAAUAUACGCUAGAUUUGGCAAGAAGGCUCACAUAGUGUUUUGCUGUUUUGCCCUCCUCACGAAUAUGGUUAUCAUGACAGCGUUGCUACUAGCCGGUAAAUCAACCAUCCAGUCCUUAACCAAGGAUAUUUCGGACGAAUACACUCUUCUAAUUAUGGCGACAUUGUUUGGAUCCUACUCGCUGAUUGGUGGAAUUGGAACCACGUUCUAUGUAUCAUAUUUCAAUGCCUGUCUAAUUUUCAUCUCUUUAAUGGUUUUCGUUGUGAACGUUUUACAUAAUAGCGAUAGUCAUCUUAAUAACAUUGGCGAUGCUGCAAGAAUGUUCAACGUUGUUUCGUGUGUAAAAGGACCAGAAGAAAACACCGGAAGUAGUUUCUUGACCUUCCGGUCUGGGGUUGGGAUACUCUACGGCGUAAUAGGUUUCUUCGUGGCAUCGGCCGUUACCUACUGUGAUCAAGCUUCCUGGCAGAGUAGGAUUGCCGCCAAGCCGAUGCAAGGUGUGUGGGGGUUCUUUCUGGCCGGAUUUAUGUGGCUAGCCAUUCCCUCCACAAUGGCAACAACAACAGGUAUAGCUUACCUCGCUAUCAGCAGCGAAAAUAGCACGCACCUUUUGACCUCAGAUCAGAUAGAUCAAGGUUUGGUUACGCCGUUUAUUGCCGAGAAGAUCCUUGGUCCAACAGGAGGAAUCCUUAUACUCACAAUACUUUCUAUGGCAUUGAUGUCGACUGGGUCAGGGGAAGUAAUGGCAAUCUCAUCUAUCAUCGUUUAUGACAUCUACCAAACCUACAUCAAACCCUUCCGUCAAGGUUUGAAAAAAACGCACUGCAUCCUGUGUGGUAAACAUGUGAGAGACUCGGAGUUAGAUCCGCCUGCCUCAGAGGAUCCAAACACUACAUCCUACGAUUCGACAGUGUGUCAUUGUCAAUCUGUCUCGGACUGUAAGCAGUGUGCCGAGGAUAUGUACAGACGUGUAGCCAGGAAAUCACACGGAGUCCAUUCACCGUACAGAUGUACUAUACACGGGCCCUACCGGACGUACCAGAACUACCUGAUAGAGUUUAAGAACUGGUGUAUCGUGUGGGUGACUGUCUGUAUCAUACCGUUCGGAUUGCUUGUAUUUGCAAUAGGUAUAGAUCUGAACUGGAUAUUCUAUGUAGGCGCUAUUGUCACCAUACCCUGUUUCCCGGCUGUCAUCUUGUCUAUUGUCUGGGUAAAGGCGACUUCUCGGGGACUUAUAUCAGGAGGGAUAACCGGUCUGUUGAUCGGUGUAGCCGCCAUGCUUGGUGCUGCAUCAACGUACGAGGGAGGUUUGCACAACUUCUUACUGAACACGUCACAGGACUAUUCCAUUUUGGCGGGAACUUGUUGCAGUUUCGGCUUCAGUUUGAUUACUUGUAUGAUUGUGUCCGUUUUCACUCAUAAAAUCAAAACUGAUGCUGAUGCUGAUGCUGAAUGGAAGAAAAUGUUCGACAUUGAUAAUCCUCUUCAUCCGUGGGAGAUGAAUCUACGGAAAGAAUUAAAACAACAAAUAUACAACAAGAAACCUUCAUCUGAUCAGAUAGCUGCUGCCUUCCGACAGGCCAAAAUAACCGCCUACGUGGGAGGGAGUAUAUGUAUCACCCUCGUCACCUUUAUUAUUCCUGGUAUCAUGGCCACAUUUCCCGUCCUUGACGAGACUAAGUUUGAAAUUUGGGUCGGAUUGACUCAGGCCUGGGCGGUGAUCAUGGGCGUUGUUGCGAUUGUAGCGCCCCCUGUAGAAGAAAUAGUAAAGAUCCGAAAACAGUACAUUGAAAACAAAAAACAUGUGACCGAAUAUCCGAUAUAGAUGUAAUCAGGGAAGCCUAGACGGAGUUUUAGACAGUCAAGAUCAUAAGACAAACUGGUAUGGUUCGAAGCAUAUUAUCACUGAAAGGACGGAUAGUAUUGGAUCAAAAGAUGAAUUAAUUAGAUAAAUAACCAUGUGACGUAGAAUUAAAAUACAUUCGAAUAUGGUAAUCUGCUAAUUAUACAGUUAUAUAUAUAUUAUAUGGGGGUCAAAGAAGUAAUAUAAACGGUAAUUAUCCGGAUAACAAUGUAUCCUUGCAAAGGGAUAUAUGCAGGAUACGAAUCACUUGACAUGUUUAUAUGGGCCAAAGAAGUACAUGUAAUUAUAACAGUAUGGACAAUGAAAAAUGGCAAUCCACCACUUUAUCAUGAAACAGAUAAUACAUAUACCAUAAUUUUAUAUAUAAACAGGUACUAGAAAAUGCAAUAAGAUACAGUAAGAGUAAUAUUUUUGGUAGUAGUUGAAAUAACAACAACGAACCCUUCGGCUGGCGUGGGUCGAAGAUGGCGGAGGCUAGCAUGACAUGUACUGAGCCGAGUUCUAAGAUGGAACGCGCGUGCAAAAGCCGAAGUGUUGAUAAACGUUUCGUCCCAAAAUGAUUAUAUAUGGAUACAGCGUUUGGGAACUGGUGAACGA